AUGUCAAAAAAGAGAAACCAGCGAGGACGGUUCUACCAACAGGUACAACUCCUGCUACAACUAAAGAUGCUUUCAGCUGGGAAGAAUACCUAAAAGAAACAUCAUCUACACCAGCUCCACCGGCUUGUUUUCGUCAGGGUUGACGACGCUCAGCGGAUUACAGAAGCGUUUAAUCGGCAUUGCAGUUAAAGUUGUGUUUUUAAGUCCGAGGUUACCCAGGUAACCGCAGGACUGUAAACUGCUGCUGAGAGUGAUUUACAAACUGGUUUUGUUCCAUCACAAAGGUUGUGUAUUUAUGGCUUUGAACACAACAACACCCUCCCCAAAGGAUAUAACAGCACUGAAGCGUACUGUCUUUUGCGCUGCAUUACUAGCAACUCAUAAAUACCAAAUAACACAACACAUACUUGCAAUUAGGUUUGGUUGAUGAUGCGGGGUGAUUAAAUCAUUUUUGCAGUGUUUUUCAGCAGUUCUUACAAUACCCACACUUACAGCACUGUUCUUAUGUCUGCAGGCUAGAAUCCCACCCUCCAAUGACUUCAAAGUGGGAAUGAAGCUGGAAGCCCACGACCCGAGGAAUUCCACCUCCGUCUGCAUCGCCACGGUGAUGGGCUUAACCGGGGUGCGUCUGCGUCUCCGUCUGGACGGAAGCGACAACAGCAACGACUUCUGGAGGCUUGUGGACUCCUCCGACAUCCAGCCCAUCGGCACCUGCGAGAAGAACGGAGACAUGCUGCAGCCGCCGCUGGGAUUUCGGAUGAAUGCCUCCUCGUGGCCCAUGUUCCUGCUGAGAACCUUAAACGGAGCAGAGAUGGCACCGGCAACAGCCUUUAAAAAGGAACCGCAGAGGCCCCCCCAGAACAACUUCAAACCAGGCAUGAAGCUGGAGGCCGUGGACAAGAAGAACCCGUACCUCAUCUGCCCCGCCACCAUCGGGGAGGUGAAGGGCGACGAAGUGUUCAUCAUGUUCGACGGCUGGCGGGGAGCCUUCGAUUACUGGUGCAAGUUCGACUCCCGGGACAUCUUCCCUGUGGGCUGGUGCUCCCUCACCAAACACAGCCUGCAGCCACCAGGCAACAGCGUCACCCUGCCAAAGAGCCCACAGAUUCUCUCAGCAUCGCCCUCCAAGCCCAGCAGGCGCUCCCUGCCGACCCCUUACAGACUCCCCAACCCUCUGCCCAUGCUGCCCGUCAGGAAGGGGGUAAGAGGCCGCCGGCCCAAAAGCGAGACCAUCGCCCUCCUCAAAGCCGUGGCGGAGGCAGCGGCCGCCCAGAACGGAACCCCGGUCGAAACCACACCCAUCGUCGUACCUCAACCCCACAAAAAGAGAGGCCCCAAACCGGGAAGCAAGAGAAAGCCGAAGAUCCUCCAAAGCACAGCACAUCUACCCAGCAUCCAGGUCUCACAAGAAAGCCCCCCCAGCCUCAGCUCUGUGGUCUCAACAGUGUGUGUGUAUGUGAACAAGCACGGAAACUGCGGUCCCCACCUGGACAGGAAGCAGAUGCAGCAUCUGCCAGACCACUUUGGCCCGGGGCCAGUGAACGCUGUGCUGCAGCAGGUGGUCCAGUCAUGUAUAGACUGCGCCUACCAGCCUAAAAUCCUGCUCAGCGCUCUGCAGACUCACGCAGGAGGGGGAGAGGUCGUCAGAGUGAGAACGGACGGAGGAGUUCGCAUGGUCAAACUACCAUCCGCCUCCAGCGCUUCCUUCGUGCUGCGCUUCUUGGAGACCAUGUGUCGUCACCUGCAAUGCGACAACCUGUUCAGCAGCCAGCCGUUCAGCCACUUCACUGCCUACGACAGGAACAAGUCAGUGAAAGAAGAAGCUCUGGACGCUCCAUCCCUGGUUCGGGGCAGUAGUAAACGAAGUCUCUCUGGGGUGUGUCCACCAUACGCAGCCCCUCUGUCUCCUAAACAUUUACGAGCUGAAGCCCACCCUUCAGAAGCAGAGACCCUGCCUCACGAAGAGAACGGCCUAAUAAAGGAGCAGCGCUACAUGGACUCGGCCUCCAACUCCAUGACCCCUCGGCCUCACACGGCACGGAGCUCCUCAGAGUACCACCCACAGGCCAGCAGCCUCUACCAUCACGGCAACGGCACGCCCAUGCGCCGCCAUUCCUCGAACCCGGCAGAGCUCAGCUCCGCGCAGCCGCUCAGACGAGUUGAAGUUCAUGUUCAGUGUGUCUACUCUGCUUUGGAUGCAGCCAGCUCCACCACAGGUCCCGAGGCUGUAGCGUCUGACCGCGAGAGUCUGCGGCCGCCCAGUAAAAACCCCUCCUCCUGGUCCAUCGAAGAGGUGAUGCAGUUUGUGAGGGACGCCGACCCCACAGCAUUAGCCCCACACGCUGAACUAUUCAGAAAACAUGAGAUUGAUGGGAAAGCCUUGAUGCUUCUACGGAGUGACAUGAUAAUGAAGUACAUGGGUCUGAAGUUAGGGCCUGCGCUCAAGUUAUGCCAUCACAUAGAGAGGCUGAAACAAGGCAAACUGUAAGAGGUGCCCUGGCAGCCCUGUCCCUGUCAGACCCGUGAGCAAUAAGCCCUGAUAAGGACCAGCGUUUGGACUCAUGGGGCAAGCAGGGGCCACACAUGAACUCUAUACUCCACCUUGAGGGACUCAGUAGACGUUGCAAGUUCAUCGUGACUUCCAGAGUGGAGAAGUGUGCCGUGCAUUGCUGACACAUUACCUCAUCCCCCUCAUCAGCUAGAAAAAAAAAAAAGAAAAGAGAGAAAAAAAAAAAAGAAGCUGUUCAAGUCUAAAUAAGACGCCAUUGACUCUAUGAAAUCCCAAAGGAAAAUAAUCCCUGUAGUGUUUACAUUGCAUAGCACAUGUGCACACGUGGACACAUUUUUUUUACGGAGAUGAAAUCUUUUGAUCCUGGUUUUGGAUCCCCAAAGAUGGAGAAUGUUUCUUCUUUAUAUAAUGUUUUUAUUAUUGUUAAAUUUCCAGUUAAUAAGGAAGGGUUGGUAUACUUAAAAAAAAAAAAAAAAAAAAAAAAGUGAAACCAUCAGAUGUUCUUCCCCAUGCUCUCCAAGAGAAUUUGGAUGCUCUCUGGUCUGUGCUGUUGUAUAGUUGUUUUCACCUCGUUAAUUCACGUGUAUGCCUCGAAGUAUGGGUAUAUCUGCCUGCCCGAAAGAAUGCCUGUCAAUGCAUUCCAUGUUUUUCACACAAUGCCAGACACACAAAGUUUUCAUUUGCUUUGACACAAUUGUAUCAUGUUGUAAUGUGAUUUUUAUUUUUGAAAAUCAAACUUCACCUUUUUAAUAACACGACCUGUGUCCUGCAGAACCCUCAGCCGUGACACAACGUAUUCACCGUGUCUUCAGCUGACACUCCUACUGGACUCCAUGCAGUUCUUAUCAAUGUCAAACCGUUUGUAUCAUAAGCUCUGGAUUGUUAAGGAAAUGCAAAUAAGACAUUUCUAAGGGCUUUCCACAUUUAGUUCUGAUGUAAUAUUUUUUAUCAGUCAUAAUCAUUCGAAGCUCGCGGGUCGGCCUGCGACGUCAGAGUUGACACUUUUGACCGUUACAAUCACUGUUAGCAAUGAAAACAGAUAUGUACAGUUUUAUGGGUUUAACCAUGAAUAUCAGCGACAGAAUGUACAUUUUGUAGAAACGUUAAUAUUUUAAGGAAAUCAUAUACAUAAGUUAGAAAUGUGAAGAUAAAGGGCGAUGUGGAUGUGGUGAAUAUUUCACAAAGGAUUCCAUUCUGCUUUUUAAUACUUAUCUCAGCGCUUUUUUUUUUCUUUUUUUUUAGUUGAAAUACUCCCAGUAAAUAGACUGUCUCGCUUUACUUAUGACAUUUCUCAGGUUAAAGUGGUCUUUGUUAGUACAAGCUUUUUGUAGCAAACUGUUUAUAAUAGACUUAACAGAAUUUUCCUGUUACCCCUUUUUCUGAUUUUGAAAACGACUCGUGCCAUAUGAUAUUCAACACAGGAUCCAAGUGCUGUCGGUUCCCCUCUCACAUCUUCUUAAAACUACUUGAAAAAUUUGUGUUGCAAAAAUUCCCUUGUCCAUUACAUCACACCAGAUAAACAAUAUGUGUUUAUGAUGUUGUGUAUAUUCUUUUUUCUUUUUUUUUUUUUAUAAACCUAUCGAAACAAACUGAUGUGCAUGUGUUGUCACUGAUUAGAACUAAUGCUUUACUCUCAGGAUGGGUUUUCACACAGGGGGAAGGAAGCUGCUGAAAUUAUUUAUUUAAAUUUUGUUUAAUAUCACAAAAACAUGUAGUUAGUUGCUGGUUUAGAAAAUUCAAUGGG